AUGGAUGUCGAGUCAUUUGAUCCUCGAGCACCACGGGUUGGCAAGCAAUCCCUCAUAGACUUCUUAUAUCAAAACGAGAGCACCAUCCGCCUCCGCUCUUCACUCUCCAAAUCCCAGUUGAUACACCUUGUGGAUGAACAAAAAGAACGAUUACGUCUCAACCAUACGCAACCAGUUGUUGACACCCGCACUUUACAACCCACAGCUGGUGGUACUCGAACUAGCCCUCGUCGUAGAUCAACUCCCCAUUUGGCACCUGUGGUCAACACUGAUCCAGAUACUAUAGAGCCGGUUUCAGAUUCAACUGCUCCAACCCCAAGUGCUGGUGAUCCCAACUCGAUUCCCACAGACCCAGUUGGAUUGGUUUCGGUGGCAGGAGAGUUGCACAACCAAGAAGAAAGGGAUGAGGGAUCCCUCAGCGAUUCAUUGCAAGAUCCUGGCGAUGAACAUUUAACUCAAUGGAACUUCAUUGUUGCCUCCAAAACCUUUGGCAAUUCCAACACGGGCAAAGACCCUCGGACCCCAGAUGAUCAUAUUGAAAUACGUUUUAUCCAGGACUUCGAUAUGCCAGCAUACUUUCCCGCUAUCUUACAGGAGACCCAGCAGCUUCCUGGAGCGUUUCCGAUCGAUCUAUCUGAGUUAUCGGCAAAGUAUCCCCCCACCAAACUCCUCAUGGAUGUGCCCCUCUCUGGAAGUUAUUAUGCAACCGAAUCUAUUUCAGUGAAGCCAUUUACAUACCCAGGUCAGCUCAUCAAAAUUCUUCACACAAUCAUCCAUAUCACUCACGACAGUUUUUCUUCUGAAGUUAUGACCAUUGCAAGCAGACAUUUUGUGUACUUGAUCAAAAAGACUCUACUCAAGCUGCAUCAUUUCUCAUUUGUUACCAAACACAGCAAGCAGCCCCCAACAAGCAGCACCGAUGACCAACCCAGAGAUUGAGAAGGUUUAAUAUUAAUCACCAUUCACAUCGGCUUUAUUGAGAAUAUUUGAUCGCUGGAUAAACUCGAAAGAUUUGUUUUUGAUCUCGCUACCUGGACAAAUCCAUAGGGAUUUUUUUCUAGCUGUUGAUACGAUUUGUUUUUAUAGAAAUUAUACUCUGAACUUUUCAAUAUUUGGCAUGUAGUCCUGUGCACACCACUAUAGUAAGAACAUAAACAAGUAACUAAAGCUUGUCAUAGCAAUCAGACUCCUUUAC